UCUUAAAGUCAAUCUAAAGACGUUCCUCUUGAAACCAACAGAAACGCCUGAACAGUGGAGACACACAGGAGAGGAGAUAAAAUAUGUUGAGGGGAGCAUAGACUGCCUUUCAAACCCAAUUGUUGCUACACUGUCCCCAAAUGCAUGACUCAACUGAUAUUCCCCUGAGAUGCUUUGAAAAGAGGAAGAGGUGGAUUUUGUGAAAAAACGGCAACAUCCAAAGUUUCCUGGAAACGAAAUCAUACUCAAUCAAAGAUGGCUGAAAUGGCUACAGUUGCACACGAUAACUCUACUGGCAGAGAGAACCAGUCCUUGCACUGCAUAUCCACUCAGGAUCUGGUGGCUGACAUACUGCCUCCUGUCCUGAUUAUAGAGCUCCUACUGGGCCUGCCAGGCAACGUAGUGGCCCUGUGGAUCUUCACUUGCCGUCUGAAGAUCUGGAGGGUCAACACUCUGUUCCUCUUCAACCUGGUCCUGGCUGACUUCAUGCUGCUCAUCUGCCUGCCCUUCCGCAUUGACAACCUGCUCCGUGGGGAAUACUGGGUGUUUGGCGACGCCUGGUGCCGGAUCAACCUCUUCAUGCUGGCUGUCAACCGUUCGGCAAGCAUUGCCUUCAUGACUAGCGUGGCCUUCGACCGCUACUUCAAGGUGGUCCAUCCGCACCACCGCAUCAACCACAUGACGUCUACCCAGGCGGGAAUGGUGGCGGGGGGCAUCUGGGUGGUAGUGAUCUCCCUGCGGGUCCCCCUGCUGGCCACCAAGCUCCUAAGUGAACAUGGCAACAUCUCCCUGUGCCGCAGCUUCAGCUCCUACACCGUGAUUCCCCCGGCGAUCCUGCUGCACUACAUGGUGUUCAUCGGGGAGUUCUUCCUGCCUCUGCUGCUCCUGCUGUUCUGCUCAGCCAGGAUCGCCUGCAUCCUGCGCCAACGGCAGCUGGACAAAGAGAAGAAGGUGCGGCGGGCCAUCCGGGUGGUGGUGCUAAUUGUGGCUGUGUUUGUGCUGUGUUUCUUUCCUGGCAUCGCCACAGGCCUGGUUUCGCUCUAUAUCAAGGUGUUCAGACCUUGGGACUGUGAAUCCUACAAAAUGGCAGGCGAGCUUUUCAGCCUGUCCAUUGGCUUCACCUACCUUAACAGCGCCCUGGACCCAGUCAUCUACUGCUUAUCCAGCUCCAUGUUCCAGAACUCUCUCAAGAGCUCCAUCAAUAAGAUGGGCCUGGUGGAGUUGAGGCUGAGCCGACGGGGAAGCAUGGCCAGUGAUGGGUGAGGGAGGCAACUCUGGCCCUUUCCUCCAGAGACAGGCCCCACCUUCUAGAAGGUCCUAAUAAGGAGAACAGACUCAUGGCAGUGAAUUGAAUGGAGACUAGACAGUGGAAUUUUACAGCUGUAAUUAACAAGCCAUAUGUUAUAUUCAGAAACAUUUCGUAUCUAUGUGGGAUACGUACUUGAAAUGGCUGAAUACCAGUUAGUGUGAAACAAAGAUAAGAAACAUUUCGUAGCUAUGUGGGAUACGUACUUGAAAUGGCUGAAUACCAGUUAGUGUAAAACAAAGAUAAGAAACAUUUCGUAGCUAUGUGGGAUACGUACUUGAAAUGGCUGAAUACCAGUUAGUGUGAAACAAAGAUAGGAAAAAGAAUGCAACCAUUCCAUCUGAAUCUGACAUUAUUUUCACAACCAUGUGAUGUUGUAGAAUGGCAUUAUGUUUUUGUCUUGAUUUAUUAAUAUGUCUGUCAAACACACCAUCAUUUUUACCAAAUACAGUAUUCAUACAGCAAGAUGUUUAAUCAAGUGUAUGUGUUACUCAGUUCUUUAUAAAAUAUAUAUUUUUAUGUGAUGUUUGUGCUUAGAGUAUACUGUACACUGUGUACAAAACAUGUUCUUUCCAUUACAUAGACUGACCAGGUGAAUCAAGGUGAAAGCUAUGAUCCCUUAUUGAUGUCACCUGUUAAAUUAAUUUCAAUCAUUGUAAAUGUAGGGGAGGAGACAGGAUUUGUACGUCUUGAGACAAUUGAGACAGGAUUGUUAAGCCUCGAGACAAUUGAGACAUGGAUUGGGUAUGUGGGCAAGACACUAGAUUUAAGUGCCUUUGAAUGGGGUAUGGUGUUAGGUGCCAGGCGCAGUGGUUUGAAUGUGUCAAGAACUGCAACGCUGCUGGGUUUUUCACGCUCAACAGUUUCCCGUGUGUAUCAAGAAUUGUCCACCACCCAAAGGACAUCCAGUCAACUUGACACAGCUGAGGGAAGUAUUGGAGUCAACAUGGGCCAGCAUUCCUCUGGAACGCUUUCAACACCUUGUAGAGUCCAUGCUCCAAAUUGAGGCUGUUCUGAGGGCAAAAGGGAUGCAACGCAAUAUUAGGAAGGUGUUCCUAAUGUUUUGUGCACUGAGUGUAUAUUUUCCUAUCUAGAUAUUGUGUUCAUUUGUAAUGAAUGAAAUGGCAAUAAAGAUUAUCCUGAAUGUUAUGUAAAAUACAUAUGAAGCCACAGAUGAAGCCUGUCAAAGCCACAGAAGCCACAGAUGAAGGGGAACUCUUGAUUGCUGCUGGGGGAGAGAGACUCUUCUCUUCAAAGACUCACAUUAUCCACACAAAAGUGCUACAUGUCAUCCUUUGUUGCACAGCACCUGGUAGCAGCAAGGGAACUCAAUCAAUGGCUGUAGGUGUAAUUACCGCUGAGCUACCACUGCUGUGCCAACAUGUGACUCUGACAUGUGGCUUACUGGGACGAUACACGGCAGUGCAAACAGAGGUAUUAAAUAUCUUUCUCUCAAGUUUC